AUGAGUCGAAUUUUUAAAGAACAAAAGGAUUGGGAAAAAACUGUGAAUGCGAGGCUUGACCACAAAGAUUCUUCCAUCGAUGCAAAGACCGCGGAUAUGGAAUUCAUGAUUCGAUUAUUUCGGGACGACACCAAGGUUUCCAAAACUAAGAGGUCGGACAUUGAGAAAUUUGAGAAGCAGCUAGCUCGUUCAGAGUCUCACCAUGACGAAUACACUACAGCAUCGGCAAAGCUUGUUGAAAAAGAGAGAGAGAUGAUUUAUACAAACGAGCAAGCUGAAAGGCGCCGACUACAACAAUACGAAAAGGAGACUGAAUUUCCGAACGGACAGACUGCUCUGGACCGAAUUGCCAAGAUUGAGAAAGUUAUCGAAGAAUUUGCCAAACAGUUAAGAAAUAUGACUAGUCAGAUAGACAAUCCUGAUGUGUCAAACAGACGAAGUGGCUCCAACGAUUUUCAAAUUGAUAGCCUUGUACAGACUAAUAAAAUAAUGAUGAUGCGUUUAGCGGCUUUGGAAGAGAAGAAUGAGAUGCAUGUUUCCAAAAUUGUGGAAUUGGAAAGAAGGAACAAGAGGUUACAAAAUGAAGUGAGGAAUUUGCAAUAG